AUUUUUGUUGACCAGAAAACUGAACGAAAAAUGAAAUAAUAUGAAAAUAAUUAGGAAGAAACAAAGGAUUCAAAUAAUUGACGAUAUUUUCGAUAUUUAUUGAAACGAUUAAGUGAACGACCGAAAAGUUUAGACAAAUUUUACAAAACGUUUCUUUUUUCCCUCGAAUUUUGUUUCUCUAUUUUUCUCCAGGUAAAUUUGUUUGUUUGUUCAUUUUUUUCUUCCUCUCUAUUGAAUAAGAUAAACAGAAAGAUGAUCAAAUUUCAUGAUGAUGAAAAAAUCUAAUCUUCCAAUGCCCAUGAAUGUUUCAUGAAGAUAAAUAUUUGAUACGAGAUUCAAGUGGCUCCACCAAGUUAACCAUUAGUUCAUUUGAUUUUCUUGAUCAGAAUCAAAUUCAGUCUUGACUUCAACCUUAGCAGUUAAACUUAAAGGAUAAACAGUAACGGAAUCUUCAUCAUCCUCAUCAUCUUAUCAUCAUCACCAUCACCAACACCACCGACAACAACAACAACAUCAUAAUCAUCAUCAUCAUAAAUUGUAUCAUCGAAAAACAGAAAAAGUAUCAUCUCUGAGUCUCUCGUUUUUUUGCCACUAUGAUGACAGCUCAUGGAUUUGUACAAAAAGUGAGCUCAAAUUCAUCUAGUAAAGAUCAAAAGAGAUGAGAAGAAAAAAGUUCACCUUGAUAUUAACAUUUCUUUUGAUAUUAUCAACAUUAUCAACUAUUUAUUAAAGUAAUUAAACAAUGAAGUAAACAAUGAGUGAAAAUAGGGAAGAUUAAUUAUAAUCAUCAUUAAUUUCAUCAAAAAAAUCAUCACCAUCUACAAAGAGGAUCAACAAUUAACAUUAAAAGAUUCGAAAGUGAAAAAGUUUUCUCCUAUUACUUAGUCGAUCUUUAUAUGCACAGUAAUUUAACCUGUUGUUUAAUUAUAACAUUAGAACAAUUAACUAAUUAUCAAAUCGAUGAUGGAUUUAACUGUAGACUCAUCAACUUAUACAAUCACAUUGAACUCAGCUGAUUACAACCUUAAUUACAAUGAUUCUGUUAAUUAUAACGGGUCAAUAAUUGGCUCUGAUAAUCAUCCCAAUCAAGAAACCUUUUCAAUUGCUGAGACCAUAAUAAUUGCCUUUAUUUCCGGAUGCUUCAGUAUUAUAACAAUUGUUGGUAAUGUUAUGGUGAUGAUUUCAUUCAAAAUGGAUAAGCAACUUCAAACUAUUUCAAAUUACUUUCUAUUAUCAUUAUCAAUUGCUGAUUUUUUAAUUGGAAUAAUAUCAAUGCCACUUUUUUCUCUAUACACUCUAUUGGAACGAUGGCCACUCGGACCCUUCAUAUGUGAUACUUGGCUUGCUAUUGAUUAUUUAAUCUCAAAUGCCUCAGUUUUAAACUUGCUCAUCAUAUCUUUUGACAGAUAUUUCAGUGUAACUAGACCAUUAACCUACAGAGCAAAACGAACCACUAAAAAAGCUUGUAUAAUGAUAGCGACAACUUGGAUCAUAUCGUUACUUAUGUGGCCUCCGUGGAUACUCAGUUGGCCUUACAUUGAAGGUAAACGAACAGUGCCCAAAGACCAGUGUUAUAUUCAAUUUUUGGAGACAAAUUCUUACAUUACUUUUGGCACGGCGAUCGGUGCUUUUUAUAUUCCUUUGUUUGUAAUGAUCGUACUUUAUUGGAGGAUUUGGAGGGAAACAGAGAAACGAUAUCGUGACCUAACCACCCUGUUUUUGGUAUCAACUGUUGGUGCUUCUCGAGCAACUGGUGGUGGUGGCGGUGGUGGAUUUGGUGGUGGUAACCGUUCAGGAGGCGGUGGAGUUGUUAUGUUAUCUCGUAAGAAUACAUCUUCCUCUUCGGAGGGUCAAGUGAUCACCACAACGACAACAUCAAAUAAUAGUGAUAAAAGAUCAUCUUCUUUUGAUGGUAAAUUAACUUCUCGCUGGUGGUUUUGUUGGAGUAAAUCAUCAUCUUCAUCAAAAUCAUCAAAUCAUCAUCAUCAUCAUCAAUAUAGUUUAGAUGGAGAUGAUGAUAAAAGUGAUGAGGGUUCAAUUGUUGGAGGAGAUGAAAGCAAAGUAACUAGUGGAAAUAAAUUAAAUGCUAAAGUUAAACAUGGACUCAGUGAUAAAAGAUCAUCAGCAACAAAUCAUUCCCUUAAUCAUCGUAAUAGAAAUGUUAACCGUGAUCAUAGUGGUUUAAGUUAUUCUUCAAAAAGUAAAUCAACUGUUAAUAGUAAUGUAAAAAGUAACAAUAAUAAUAAUAAAAAUAACAGAGAUGACAUUUCACCAACACCAACAUCAACUGGAACUUGUGAUGCUGGUGAUUCACUUAAGGGAAGUGAAUCAAUCUACACAAUUGUCAUUAAAUUGUAUGGUGAUGAAGAGUCAAACCAUACAAUUAAAAUGAUUGAACAUGGUGAUAACAAUAAUUUAGAAACAAAUAACAAUAUAACUAAUACCAAAGAUGGUGGUGGUGGUGGUGGCGGUGGGAAGGAUAAAAGUUCAACAAUUUAUGGUUUAAAUUAUCAUCCACACUCUCGUCAUUCCUCAUCGCAUCAUCAAUUGGUUCAACAUUCAACUAGUAUUGAACAAGGAUCAACUUCUUCAGGUUCAACCAUUGCCAAAUCACCGGGUACCCUUUCUGUUUCCGGUUCCUCGGUUAAUCCAAGAAGAUUAACCUCUAACCCCUCUGGAACCUCAAUCCACCCACAACAGCCGAAAAGUGAAAGGAAAGCUGCCAAAACCCUGUCAGCCAUUUUACUUGCAUUCGCCAUUACCUGGACUCCAUACAAUGUUUUAGUCUUAAUUAAUUCACUUUCAGGUACCUCAGCCGAUGAAGAAAAGACCGUUCCGAAAUCUCUAUGGGAUUUUUGCUAUUACUUGUGUUACAUCAAUUCCACAAUUAAUCCACUUUGUUAUGCCCUUUGUAACGCGACCUUCAGAAGGACAUAUAUUAGGAUAUUAAAGUGUAAAUGGAGCUCGAAGAAAAAUAAACAACAUAGAAGACAAAAACAUUGGAACUUGGAGUGAUAAUCACAAUUAAUCACAAUCUAAUUGACUCAAUUGUCAUCUCUCUAUUGUGAAUAUAUUAUAUUAUAAAUAUCUCUAUUUAACUAUUGUCGAUAAAUUGUUAAUACUAUUAUUUAUUUCAUUCAGAUUAUUGGAUGAGCAAUUAGACUGAGUGAAAAGGGGUGACAGAGAUAAUAAUUUAAUUCCAAUCAAAAUGAAUCUCAUUCAAUUUAAUAUUAAGUAACUAUUACAUUUACAAGCUAAGCAAAAAGACCAACAAUCAAUUGUAAUUGUAAUUGAUUAAUGAACAUAGUCGAUUAAUUUAUCUCUUGCUCUCUUUCAAUCUCAUGUAAUAUAUUUAUAUUAUUGUUAUUAUGUCGAUAUCAAUUCCCAACCAAAUAUCUCAUAAUCGAUAUUGAUUUAAUAAUAAUUGAUAAUCUUAAUAGUGUUUUAGAUUGUUGUUAUUAACUAUGCAGUAAUUUAUUAUAAUCUAAUUGUUUCUUUUUGUAUUAUAAACAACAUGAUCAACACUGAUUUAUUAUUAACUGUUUUAUUUAAAUGUUUUUCCAACUUUUUCAUUUUGUAAUGAAAACUUUUUCUUUCCUCUGUUCACAAUUGUUACCAUUACCAUUGAUUUUGUGCUAUUAAUAUUUAAAUUGUCACCUAUUCAUCUGUAAGGUACCUAAUUGCUGUAAUUAUUAUCGCUCCAAUCAAAUUGUAAUCAAAAUCACAAUCCCUUUUUGCUCAAUCAAAUUGAAUAAAUAAUUAUCUUCUUGAAGCAAAGUCAAUCUAGUCCAAUAUUUUUCAUUCAAAAAUCUGAAUCGUUAUAAGUUUAUGAUGAUAAAAUUAAAAAUCUUUCGAUCGCUAACUGGAAAUGAUAAAAUUCUGGACUCAAUUUAAGGACAAGUAAAGUCAGAAGCUUAAUUAUCAAUCGUUUAAUGGAUCAGUUUUCUUGAUUGUGAGAAAACAAAUUGAUCAAAGAUCGAAAAAGAAAUGCGAUAUAUAAUCGAUUCAUUAAAUAAUCGAUCGAAUAAUCGAUAUUCUCAACAAUCUUCAAUCUUCAAUAUUUAAAUUUGUGAAUUUUGGUAACAAGAAACAAAUUAACUGUCGACUCUCAUUAUUCAAUUGUAAUUUUACCGAUUGUUUCAAUUUUCUCAUUACUUUUUAACGAUUUACUCUUUUUUAAUUUGUUCCAAUUUUAGUGACAAUGGUCGACGAAUGUUCUAAUGAUGGUUUGAUUAAAUAUUGUAAGAGCAAAAAUAUUACCUUUAAAGAGUAUCCCAAGUGUUUACAAGAGAGCAGACAAACUGUUGUUAAUCCAGUUAUUAAUCGUCGGAAAAAGAUUCCACCCAAAUCUAAUGAUAACGUUAUCUCGGACCAUGAAACGUCAACAUCUUGUUCAGAGGGUGAAGAUGAUGCUUGUUACAUUAAAUCGGUCAAGAACAAUAAUAUUCAAUCAGCUGAUGCGAAUCAAAAGAAGACCGCAACUUCAUCAACCUCCAUUCCAACAGUGACCACUUCAUCUUCAACUGUGACCACAAGCACAAUUGUCUCAACAACAACACCCUCACCACCACCAUCGACACCGAUGGUAACGGUUGCAGUAGACAAUUAGCCAAAUUAAUCAAAAAGCCAACAUCCAAUUAGUUUAAUCUCUCAAUCAUCUUUUUACAUUCUCUGUUUUAAUGUCUUUCAAUUUCUCGAAAAAAAAAAUCUUUUUUUUUCUUAUAGAAAACCAAUGAUUUGUAUUGACUUUUAUUUUUUUUUUGUACGGAAAUAAAUUGUUGAUGGAUAAUUUUAGUUAA